GAUUUGUUCGCAGUCACCAACAGCUUCCACGCUAAGAUGUCAUGCUGGCUGGCGUGAGGCCGGCCAAGCGUGGCGAAUCUAGGCCACUGACGUGGUGUGCCAAGCGCCGAAGGCCGUGGUCUGAGCAUUUGUCGGACGAGGAGGCCGAGGAUGCGGAUGCAGAAGAAACCUGCGCAGAGCAGGUGGUGUGUGAAGAAACCAACCGGCCAAUGCAUAGGAGCUUGCCGCCAGCCCGAUCAAAUAUAAGACGUGGCGAGAAGCAGCAACAAAGAAAUUCCGUUUCUUUUGCCAAGAUCGGUGCUGCGGAUGGCUAUCUAUUGGACGAUCCAACCGGAUGUUGUCGUGCACUUUUCGCCGUGAUAUAAGCGCAUGGACGCAAAAGUUCAUGAAGCCUUGCCCCGCCUGAACGCCCAAUGCGCAGCGAAGAAGUGGGGCGUUACUAGAUGUUAUCUAGGAGCUUGACACACGGCUUAGGCUGAAACAGCUGAUCCAAGUGGAGAGCCAUCGCUCAGAGGACCUUUGGUAUCCCAAUCCCGGGGCUGCAGUGCAAUGCGGCUGGUGUGAACGCGAGUGCCCCCAAGCGUUUGGCCAGUUGCACGGAGAAGAAGGUAGGUCACAAUUCGCACAGACGGACUUUGUUUGUAAUGGAUGCCUAGAGGCAGCCCAAGAAGCGUGGGAGAUGUGGCAUGCUCAAAAUAAAGAGCAGGAGGCUGAGGCACCUGUGAAGCAGGAGUCUACGCCAUCCGGGCCUUGGGAUAAUCCAGGUAGUGGCUGGAAUGAGUGGGUAGGAGAGUAGUGCUAGCCGCUAGCCUUGGUUACAAC